AUGAUAUUAGACGCUACAUAGAGAACUGAGCCAUAUACUAUGAGUUUCAGAGUAUCAAAGGAGUAACUUUGUUAAGUGGCUUAUGCAUGUCAAGAGAGGACAUUCACAGAAGAGAUAGAUAAAUUAGAAGAACUGGGAGGGCAAGAAUUUCUAGAGAUGGCUUUAUGUUCCAAUUAUAAAGAUGGAUUACAAUUAAAUGAUUGGAGUUAGAGGGAACUGAAUUUCGGACAUAAUCGUAAACCACUAAUACUUCCUAAGUCUUAUUUUCAAUUAUUAUGGGGUGCUUUGGAAGACUUUACUAUGCGAAUCUUGUGUUUGGCAGCCUUGGUGAGUAUUGCAGUAGAUGUUGCAACGGCAUCCUCAGAUUACCGUGCUUAUGCAUGGAUAGAGGUAGGCUUUGCAAUUCUGGUAGCAGUGAUAAUAUCAACAAAUGCUAAUGCAAUUAAUGAUUAUUAAAAGGAAAAAUAGUUUCAGAAGUUAAAUGAAGUGGCAGAUGAGCGAAAAAGAGUUACAGUAAUAAGAAAUGGAUAGAAAUGUGAUAUUCAUAUGAGUGAAGUAAUGGUUGGAGACGUUGUGAUGAUAUUCGAAGGAAUGGAAAUACCAGCUGAUGGUCUAGUGCUUGAAGCCUCCGAUCUUACAACUGAUGAGUCAGCAAUGACAGGAGAAACUGAUCCCAUUAAAAAGAACACAUUAGACUAUUGCAUUGUUAAAAGGAAUUAAACUGACUCUGCAACAGCUGGCCAUCAUGAAGUCCCAUCGCCUAUUAUGAUGAGUGGUACAAGGGUCUUGACAGGAGAAGGUAAGAUGGUUAUUUUAGUGGUUGGAGAUUUGUCAUGUGCAGGCAAAAUUAGUGCUUUACUUCGCUAAGACGAACAAGAAGCUACUCCUCUAUAGGUUAAAUUAGCCGCUAUUGCUGAGGAUAUAGGGAAAUUUGGACUGUACAGUGCAAUAAUAAUUGUGAUCGUUAUGUGCAUUAGAUUUGCAGUUGAGAAGUCAUAAGUUGAAUGGGAAAACAAGUAUAUUGUAGAGAUAGUCAAUUUCUUUAUUAUUGGAAUCACAGUCAUUGUGGUUGCCAUUCCUGAAGGUUUACCCUUAGCAGUUACUCUCUCAUUAGCAUAUUCAACCAAAUAGAUGUUGAGAGAUUAAAAUCUAGUCAGAAAAAUGGCAGCAUGUGAAACUAUGGGGGGAGCAUCUAUGAUAUGUUCUGAUAAAACUGGAACUUUAACUUAGAAUAAGAUGACUCUUGUUAAUAUUUGGAAUGAUAACCUUAAUUGA